AUGUCGAUCCCUCCCGUUAAGCGCGUGGCAGUCAUAGGCGCUGGUCCCGCGGGCGCUAUCGCUGUUGAUGCCUUGGCUCAAGAAAAGACAUUCGAUCUCAUCCGAGUAUUUGAACGUCGUGAAGGUCCCGGAGGCUGCUGGAUCGGCGACAAGUCUCAACCCCCAACAAUCUCCAACCUGUCGCAAUUGGCAGACCGCACUGCAGAUGCGCCUCUAACAAUUCCCGAGAAGCUUCCGGCCUAUGCGCCCAAGUCUAGUCAGCCGCGCUUUGAAGAGUCCUCCAUUUAUCCGUAUCUCGAGACCAACGUCGCAAGUGUGACGAUGGAGUUUACUCAGGAACCCAUCCCCGAGAUUCGCAGUGAGUGGUCAAUCGGGAUCCAUGGUCCUGAUACACCCUUUCGGACUUGGAAGGUUAUCCGAGAUUACAUCGCUGGGCUUUUGCAGCGGAAUAAUUAUGAGGAUCUUGUUUCUUACAGCACUACUGUGGAACAUGUCGAAAAGGUCGGUGACGAGUGGAAGGUUGUUCUGCGAAAGGAAGGUAACGAGAAGGAUUACUGGUGGACGGAAUGGUUUGACGCUGUGGUUGUCGCUAGCGGACAUUACUGGGUGCCGUAUAUCCCCCCGAUAGAUGGGUUGGAUCAGUUUGAGAAGUCCCGUCCUGGGAGUGUUUUGCAUAGCAAGCACUUUCGCGGACGAGAUUACUUCAAGGGCAAACGAGUUGUGACAGUCGGGGCAUCUGUCUCGGCGGCGGACAUCGCUGUCGAUCUUGUUGGCACAGCCAAGUCGCCGGUUCACAGCAUCACCAUUGGACACACGGUGAAUGCCUACUUUGGCGACGGAGCCUUUUCACACCCCAAGAUCAAGAAGCAUCCCUCUAUCUCAAAGGUCACUGGCCGAACAGUACACCUCAUUGACGGCACCUCGAUCCUAGACGUCGACCACAUCAUCUUUGGGACAGGUUAUAGCUGGACUCUCCCAUUCCUUCCUUCUGUGCCGCUACGCAACAACAGAGUCCCCGGGAUCUACCAGCAUGUCGUAUGGAACCAGGACCCUACUCUUCUCUUUGUCGGCGCUGUAGGUGCUGGUCUCACCUUCAAGAUUUUUGAAUGGCAAGCCGUCUACGCAGCCCGUCUCCUCGCAGGUCGAGCAACCCUCCCCUCCGUCGAAGAAAUGCAGCAAUGGGAAACCGAGCGAAUAAAGACACACGGCGACGGACCCAAGUUCUCGGUCGUGUACCCCGACUUUGAGGAUUACUUUGACAAGGUGCGUGAGCUGGCCGGCGAGGGUGAGCCAGGGGUUGGACGCAAGCUGCCGCCGUUCAAGAGAGAGUGGUUCCGCGCUUUCAACGAGGGGUCGGAUUUGCGCAAGGCCAUGUGGGAGAGGUCGAAUGCGAAGGCUGAGGCUGAGGAGGCUGAGGAGAAUAGAGCUAGACUGUAG